AUACGGACAUGCUAAAUUUUCGAUGCUCAGAACGAGGGUUGAUACCGAUGUCAGUCGCAGUAUGGUUAUUGUGUUGGGAUAGAUAGCGCACGGUUUUUCUUUUCUGCCGGCCGCUCGUUUGAAACUUGAGAGAGAGGAGGGUGGCACAGGACAUCAGUGAUAUCGAUUUUUCGAAGCUGGGUUGGUUUUCGUUGCGCGUUGUUAAAUUUCUUGUUUAUCUGUUCUCUGCGACAUGCUGAAGUCCGGUCGACGGUGAGUCAAGUGGAAAGUGUAAUCGAAUUAUGAGUGGAAAGCCUAAACGCACCGGUUCAUCGAGCAACUCCUUCAACAUGUGGGUUUCGACCAAUAAAGUUCUAAUUGGAUCCGUGGGUGGCGCAAAGAAACAACACAGUAGAAAUCCUAACUUUGAGUCUGAGGAAACAAGACUGCUGAUUACGCUAUGGGGCGAUCCCCAGGUUCAGCAAGCUUUAGCCACGACUCAUAAGAAACAACCGGUCAUAGCUAAACUAGCAAACAAGAUGAAAGAGUAUGGUUACAACCGAUCCACAGAAGAAGUCAAUACUCGGAUUAAAAAUCUAAAAUGCGUUUACAAUCGUAUCAAAAAAGAUAUGGAAACGGGUGUUGUGACUUCGUGGAAACAUUUUGAAGCGCUGGACAAAAUUAUGACUCGUCAGCAGAACACAGAUUCGGAAGCCGGAUCUUCAUCGACGAAAAAAUCCACCGACCAGGUAGAGGUAAAAAUUGAAACAUUGAGCGACGAUGAAAAGGAUAUCAGAACGGAUGAAUUGCUGAAAAACGCCGAGCAAGUGGAAUUGAAAGAACCAAAUUUGCUAAUUCCAAAAGACGAACCAAUGGACCAGGACAACGACGAAGACCCAAAUGAUCCAGAUUUCGAAAAUGAUGGAGAUGAUGAAGAGGACAGUUGCACCAAUAAUGAUAGCGAUGAGUCGGAUUUUGAUAUCGACAACGAACGCCGUAAAGCGCGUUUGCGCAGGAGAACAUCUCGCAAACCAACAAAAUCCAAUGCAAAUAAAAAGACAAAAACCUCGACCGCCGCUACUUCUACUGCGACUACGACUUCCACAACGGCUCCAAUAGUGACACCAGUUGUAACACCAUCUUCAACACAAACGCCGAACACUAUCAAAAUUAUAAAUUACACCGGCAAUUCAGGACUCAAUAUAUCAAAGAUUGUGCCCCAUGGAAAUGUGAUACAGCCGGCAUCUGCUCCAAAUGUCGCGAUUGUAUCAGCCGCUCCAAGCACGACUACAACAUCAUCAACUGCAGGGAAAAUAUCGUUAGUUCCAACGAACUUUCUUCUUAAGCAGCAACCUUCAAACAUAAAUUUCAACUCCCCAAUCCAGCUUUAUACAAAACCAACCGUCUCCGUAUCUAACAGUGUGACUUCGAUGCCAGUAUGUUCGGUUCAAUCUUCACAAUCUACAGGUCAACCCAUGAAACUAAUUCUAGUCAAUACUGCCAACGGACAAAACCAACAGAUUCAAAUACCGGCCGGCAAACAAAUCUACACAACAACUUCAACGCCGAUCGUCAAAGCUACGCAAGGUACCCAAAUUUCCCUUCAACCCAAGCCGAUUAUAACGUCUGCCGGCAGUCUAUUGCCAAUUCCCCAGAAGAAGCCCGAUCCUCCACCGCCUCUAGCAGCUACCAUAACUCCCGUACAACCGAAACAAAACAAUGGACUGCGAUCCGUACUGAAUCAGUUGGUAACUCUGCAAAAAGAGAGUUUAGCAAUUUCCCGGAGUCGUAUGAACGUGGAAAGAGAACGUUUGAACAACGAGAAGCACAUAGCAUGUUCCCUGGUUGAAGCUCUAAAUGACCUAAAUAAUAUGUUGCAUAAUUAUAGCAACGUGGUCAACAUUGGUGAUGAUUACGGAUUUGGAUCUUCUACAUUCCAGCAACGUAAUUCUUCUGCUGGAGAAAACGAUCGAGAUUCUACGAUGCAUGAUAUUAGUCAGCGAGAUAUUUCGCCUGCGAGAGAUCUGAUUCCUGUGAUUGAUACGAUUAAGGCUGAAGUAAUAAGUGAUUCGGAUUGAGAUAUUAACCAUUCAUCUUGAGAGCUUUUCUACCACUAAAUACUCACAGGUGAAUAUAAUGCUCAAAUUGGAUUGGUAAUAAAAAAAAAUAAGCGUUC